AAUGCCAAAAAUGAUACUACAAACUGCAGAGCUAAUAUCGCUGUUUAUUUUAUUCCUGCCGUGCCUAUUAUUUUCAGUCUUGGAAAGACUUAUGAAUACCAACGCUAUGAUGGAUGGUUUAACAAUCUUGCCAAUCCACAUUGGGGCACCGUUGGAGCACAUUUGCAUCGUGAUGCUCCAAGCAAAUAUCUUGAUGGUGUUUAUAUGAUUGAUGGAAGUUUACCCUCAGCACGAGUAAUUUCAGAAAUAGUUUUUAAAGGUCCAUCAGGAAUAAGGAACAAGCGAAAUAUCACAACAAUGCUUGCAUUUUUCAGUCAGGUUAUAGCAUAUGAAAUUAUGCAAUCAACUUUGGUUGGCUGUCCUUUAGAGAUGCACAAAAUUCCUGUGGCUAAGUGUGAUGCUGUAUUUGAUACUCAAUGUAAAGGUGGAACAGAAAUUCCAUUUGUCCGGGCAAAGUAUGACAAAAAUACUGGUCAUGGAUUUAACGUACCACGUGAACAAGUGAAUGAACGUACAAGCUGGAUCGAUGCUUCGUUUUUGUACAGCACCCAGGAGCCAUGGGUGGCUACACUACGAUCCUGGAGGAACGGAUCUUUGUUGGAAGGAUCAAUGAAAGGAUAUCCUCCCUUGAAUGGCCCACACAUUCCACUUAUCAAUCCAGCACCUCCGCAAAUACAUAGACUUAUGAAUCCUGAACGACUUUUCAUGUUGGGUGAUCCUCGAAUUAAUGAAAAUCCAGGACUGCUGAGUUUGGGUUUAAUAUUAUAUCGUUGGCAUAAUAUACAAGCAAGACGGAUUCAAGAAAGCCAUCCAAACUGGACGGAUGAAGAAGUUUUUCAAAGUGCUCGUCGAUGGGUGAUCGCCACACUACAAAAAAUUACUUUAUAUGAUUUUCUGCCUGUAAUCCUUGCUGAUCGCGACGCUGUACCGCCGUACGAGAAAUAUAAGCCUUAUGUACCUCCUGGCAUAUCUCAUGCCUUUGCUACUGCUGCUUUUCGAUUUUCUCACACGAUUGUUCCACCAGCAUUGUUGUUUCGCAAACGGAACAAUGGGAAAUGUGAAUUUCGAGAUGAAGUCGGUGGCUAUCCAGCUUUGAGAUUGUGCCAGAACUGGUGGAAUGCACAAGAUAUUGUUCAGGAAUAUUCAGUAGAGGAGAUUGUGCUUGGAAUGGCAUCACAAAUUGCCGAAGGCGAAGAUGCUAUUGUAGUGGAAGAUUUACGAGACUUUGUUUUUGGUCCAAUGCAUUUCACACGUUUGGACGUCGUUUCAACUUCCAUCAUGCGUGGUCGUGACAAUGGUCUACCGUCAUAUAACGAAUUACGCAAAAGUUAUAAUCUUUCCCCCAGAAAUUGGACAACAAUCAACACUGAAUUGUAUAAAGAGAAACCAGAGAUGUUUCAAGAACUGGAGAAGCUGUAUAAUGGUGACAUUUCAAAACUAGACGCCUAUGUUGGCGGAAUGUUAGAAACGAACGGCAAAGGUCCGGGAGAACUUUUUGGAGCAAUCAUUCUUGACCAGUUCUUAAGAUUAAGAGAUGGCGAUCGGUUUUGGUUCGAGAACACACUCAAUGGGAUGCUUACGGAAGAUGAAAUUGCAAAAAUACACUCGACAACGCUACGUGAUAUUAUACGUGAAACAACAUUUAUCAAUGAACAUGAAUUGCAAGAAAAUGUAUUCAUUUGGCGCGAUGGUGACCCAUGUGGUCAGCCGUUUCAAGUAAAUAUUAGUGAUUUAGAACCUUGCGUACCUUUUAUGCGUUUCGAUCAUUUCACUGGUAAUGAAGUAACAUUCAUUUAUUCGUGCAUUGCAUUAGCAAUCAUUCCUCUAGUCUGUAUCGGAAUCGGAUAUAUGCUAAUCCAGAAGAGGAAGAGAAUGGGUGGUAUUAUGGAGCCUUGCUUGAAACAGAUUUGCUUGGAAAGUACCAAUUUUCCGAGUAAAAAGCAUGAAGUUAUUGAGAAAACGAACGAGAAAGAAGUCCUUCGUAUUCCUGCUGUCGAGUGGAUCAAUAGAAAUUAUAGCCGAUCAGUAAUUUUGGUCAUUAAUAUGUUGCCAUCAGUCCGAUUGGAAAAACCUCGUGGUGGCCUUCUCCGUUUUCUUGAUUUUGACGAUGCAAUUUCUGUUAAUGUUACAGUUUCUGAUGCAAACAGUUCCGAUAAUCCAUUUUUGAUGGUUUCAGUCUCCAAACAUUACGAUUUGCUAAUUCGUCUGGGAAGUGAAUAUCAAUGUGCACAAGUUAUUCGAGUUCUUAGCAGCGUUUUGAAUCGAACUAACAAACAAAUGAUUAUUCGUCGGUGUCCAAAUACUUUCAUUCUCGAAACAGCAGAAACGAGCGAACGCCGUCAAGAAAAACUUGACAAGUUUUUCAGGGAAGCAUAUGCUAAGGCCUUUAAUUCACCUGAACUCUCAGAUGGCAUAGUUUGCGUACCAUCAAAAACAGUAUCGGAAGAAGUUUUGGCUACUACAGUAACCAAAGCUGAAAUGGCUGACGCAUUAGGAAUGCGUGAAAAUGACUUAUUCGUUGAACGGAUUUUUGCUUGCAUGGCAAAGCAAAACUUCGAUCAUGUGACCUUUCAAGAAUUUCUGGAAAUUGCUCUACGGUUUUCAAAAGGAUCUCUUCGCGAUAAACUUGAGUUAUUAUUUGAUAUGUGUGAUCGAGAAGGUUGCGGAAAAGUCCACAAGAAGGAAUUUUGCGAUUUUGUUAAAUCUUUAAACGUGACAGCAGGUGUGAAAAUCGAAGAAGCUGUUCAGGAUAAAGUAAUUGAUAGAGUGUUGGAACGUUCUGGAGUUGACAAAGAGUCAAAAUUUCUGUCUUAUAAAGACUUUGAAGCCAUUUUCAAUCAUGUGGAUCACGUACGUCAUCCAAUUGGAGUUCAUAUGCGUGGCAUCCAAAUGAAUAUCAGUUUGAAUGAGACAGCUAGUAUGAAUAGUUUUUCACUGCCUAACGAAGAAAUCGGAUGUGUUCAUGUGAAUUGGUUUUAUAGAAUUGCUUCAUACCUAGAAAAUUAUCGAUAUGAAACGGAACAUCGAGACUUGCGUCGUGUAAUGGGAAUAGGCAUCGCAAUAACGCGAGGCGCUGCCGCAUCAUUAUCAUUUUGCAUGGGACUUACUUUGGUGACAGUUUGUCGCAAUGUUAUCACGUUAUUACGAGAAACUCCAGUGCGCGAAUACUUGCCGCUUGAUGCAGCAAUUACAUUUCAUAAAAUUGUUGCUAUGACAGCUGGUCUUUGGGCUACGGUACAUACUAUUGGACACUGCGUAAACUUCUAUCACGUAGCAACCCAAAGUCAAGAUGGGCUGCAGUGUUUAUUCCAAGAAGCUGUUUUUGGCUCAAACUUUCUGCCUUCAAUCAGUUAUUGGUUUUAUGGUACAACAACAGGGAUCACUGGUAUUUUGCUGGUUGCUAUCAUGAGUAUUAUUUACGUGUUUUCUGCUCCAGCCGUAAUGAAGGAAGCUUAUCAUGCGUUUAAAAUCACUCACUUGUUGAAUAUCUUGUUAUAUGCCUUAACAGUACUUCAUGGACUUCCCAAGCUUUUAGAUAGCCCUAAAUUCCUGUAUUAUGUGGCAGGUCCAAUCACUAUUUUUGUGAUUGAUCGCAUCAUUGGCAUGCGGCAGCAAUAUAAAAGACUGCAAAUUCUGAAAGGUGCAGUUUUGCCUUCAGAUAUCAUAUACAUACAAUUUAAAAGGCCGAAUUCAUUCCGCUUCCGCUCCGGUCAGUGGGUCCGUAUUUCAUGCCCUGCGUUUUCGUGUGCGUUUAAUGAGCUUCACGCAUUUUCCUUGGCUUCUGCACCUCAAGCACCAACGCUUGAAUUAUAUAUCAAGGCAGUUGGUCCAUGGACAUGGAAUUUACGCAACCAAAUUACAUGUGCACAGUUGAACGGUACACCUUACCCAGUAUUACACUUGCAUGGACCAUAUGGCGACGGAAACCAAGAUUGGCGCAAUUUCCAAGUUGCUGUGUUAAUAGGUGGUGGCAUUGGUGUGACGCCGUAUGCAUCCAUUCUUAUUGAUCUCGUACUGGAAAAACUGUCUCAUCGACAUAGUGAUGUGAAGUGUGAAAAAGUCGGAGAAAUAGGCGUAUUUAGUUGUGGCCCAAAUUCGGUAAAUAAGGAGAUUCGACAGGCUUGCACGGAGGCGAACCGUGUUCGAGAUGCCGCCUCAUUCCAUCAUCGUUUUGAAACAUUCUGAUU